CUGGGCCUUUGUUACUCUUCACUCUAUGCCCCGCGAAAGCCAACGCGCACUUGAGAAAUUUCUUAGCCUCUCAACUACGCUUCACGCGGCUUUUAUAAUCGUGUGUUGAUGCAUGGCUACUCUCACGUCUCUUAAAACUGACUUGGACUAGAAGCAGUCACCCCACGCCGGACACCGAGAUGAACGGUAACACGGUGAUCGCAGCUAUUCUCCUCCCUCUGCUCUUAUCUCUCAUAGUCGGCGCCUACCUCUUCAACAUAUGGUGGUCUAAGCAGCUCAGAGACCGCGGAGUGAGACAUCGUCAAGGGGCUCACGAGCUGGUCACCCUCACCCAGUCGAACACCAGAGCCGGAGGGAGACGCUGGGUGGAAGUGCGUGUCAGAGAAUCAGGCAAUGACCGUCUGAAUCCAGCUCCUCAGGCGAUACCCGAACAGGCUACACGAGCUCCUCCGAGGCGCGAGCGCGAUACAGAACGCAGAGUGGAGACCCAGAAGAAUGAUGAUCAGUGGCCGACAACAUUUCCUAAUGACGAUAAUGAUAACAAUCCACCUCAUCCUUUUCACGACGUUCCUGCCCCUGUUCCUGCUCCUCAAACCCCGAAUCAAUCGCCGCCCUCCUCUUGGCAUCAGCCUCAGUCUCAGACAUGGAAGCAGUCGCCUGAACGUCAGCAGGAGGUGGAGGAACUCAGAGGCAACCUGCAAGCUGCAUUCGCGGAGCAUAGAAACUCGAGAGCAGGGAGCAAGGUUGAUCAUCGAGCUAAUAAAGAGAAUGAGUGGGAAAUGCCGGCGGACAAAAAUCCGGCUGGUGAGCCUCAGACCACCGAGUGGUAAUG